AUGGCAGACUCGAAAACCAGAGCUAAGAUGUCCGCCGAAGCCUAUCCCUACCGCGACGAGAAAACGUGUCACCUAUCGAUCGAUAGCCGUCCCAUCGACACCGUCACAUACAGCCAGAGGACCACGACAACCCGUAUUGCGGUAUCGAAUACAAUAUUGAUCGGUAUAAGUGCCGCGAUCGGCUUCAUGAUGGUUGCCGGUACCGAUGUAGCGCUCUGGCUUCUAUUAUACUUGGAUCGACAGAUGCCGAUUAGCUACAUGCUUGCCUGGGAGCUGUUAUUCGUAGCCAGUUGGGUCAUCGUAUCCUGGAUCAUGUACAGAAUCCUCGUCUUCGUCAAGUUCGCCCCGUUUCGAGGAGCAAAGCAUAGCGAGCGCCAUCAGUGUUAG